AAAACAAACAUAUUUUAUUCAAAAAUACGAAAGAUGCUGAAAAAUUGUUAGUGGGGCUGCUUGAUUUUCACACAAAUACAUAUUUCAAUAAAUAAAUAAAGUCUGCUCGGUUUAAAUAGCACAUGACCCCGUAAGUCAACAAGAUCCAUUUUGCUUCCUGAAAGCUUCGAAUUAUGUCUCCGUUUUGAACUGGGGAUUGAGAUGAUGAUUUAUGGGUAGCAAAAGCUUGAAGGUUGGUGGAAAAGCUAAUACUAGUGUUGGUGGUUCGAUGCCUAGCUUUGUUUCUCAGAUACCCAUCUCCAAUUCAAAUGGUGUAGAGAGUAACGCUGGCCAAUCCUCCCGAGUUUCUAAUUUCGGGUCGCCUGAACAUUCACUUGGAUUUCGUGGAGUUUACAACUCCACAGCUUUGAUCAAUCAAUCUGUCCACCCUGAUCUCCAAUUUGGAACAUAUGAUAAGAUGUUACAAGGGCAAAAUAGUAAUCGUGAGGCCUGGUUAGAAUCUAAUAUUAUGGGAGAUGGAAGUCCACACACAGAUACUUCCACUGAAAUGGACCCUGAUGACAACAAUCAAAGCUUUGAUAUUGUUCCAUCUAAUCCGUUUAUGGCUUCUGGUUCUAGUGACAAACAAAAAGAAAAAUUUCCAGAACAAAAGACAUUAAGGCGACUAGCUCAGAAUCGUGAGGCAGCCAGAAAGAGUAGGUUGAGGAAAAAGGCAUAUGUGCAACAAUUGGAAAAUAGUCGAUUGAAGCUAACUCAGCUAGAGCAAGAGGUCCAACGAGCUCGAAAGCAGGGUGUUGUGAUUUCUAAUUCAAGUGAUCAAACGCAACCAAAUGGUGGGUCAUUGGCAUUUGUAGCAGAAUAUUCUCGGUGGUUGGAAGAGCAAAGCAAACAUAUAAGUGAGCUAAGGACAGCUGUCACUUCACAUAGAAGUGACAAUGAGCUUCGUUCUUUAGUAGAAAAUGCCACCUCACAUUUCAAUGAACGUUGUUUCCUAUGGAUUGGUGGCUUCCGUUCAUCCGAAUUACUCAAGCUACUUGUGAGUCACUUGGAGCCACUAACAGAACAACAAUUGGCAAGCAUUGAUCAUUUACAACAAACAUCACUUCAAGCAGAAGAAGCUCUAUCACAAGGAAUGGAUGCAUUGCAGCAAUCUCUAGCCCAAACAUUGGCUAGUGAUGCACCCGUUGUGCCAGCUGGAUCUUCGGGUAUGGCUAACUACAUGGGUCAAAUGGCCAUGGCCAUGGGAAAACUCGGUUCACUUGAAAAUUUUCUCCGCCAGGCGGAUCAUUUGAGGGAAAAGACGUUGCAACAAAUGCAUACAAUACUGACGACUCGGCAAUCAGCACGUGCACUGCUUGCAAUUAAUGAUUACUUUUCUCGGCUUCGUGCUCUUAGUACACUUUGGCUUGCUCGCCCACAAGAGCGUAAAGAAACCCCAAAAAAAGAAAAAGGAUCAGGUCAUAUUUCUCUACCUCGAGACCAUUUGGUCGGACUAAUCGUCGCCUCGCCUCUACCAUCGGUCGGACCUCUGCUCUGCUCGCCCCAUCUUCGUAUCAGAGGUGUAAGUAAGGUUGAAGAUAGAUAGAUAGAUAAAGAUGCCACAUAAAACACGUCCUAUGGCAGCACUUUUGCUAUUUACUGGACUGAAUGUUGUUUUGGUGUCAACAAUCACUCCUGUCUAUGAUUUUGUCUGCUUUCUCCCUUAUUGGGAACGAAGGAGAGAACAUAGGCGUCAGGAGCGUGAAGCUACUCUAGCAAACAGUUCAACAUCAGGAUGAAAUUCCAUGGAGGGUUAAAUUUAUAUAGAAAAUCAUUCUUAUUGUUAAAGGGUAUUUCUUUUGUGUAUUCACCUUUGAAUUCAUAAAAUUUGAUUCACACAUUUAUGAUCCGAGGUUGUAGGAUAUAUCACAUGCCAUUUCACCUAUGGUUAACAAAAAAAAUAAACAUGAAGUGUUGAGAUGAGAAAAGACAGGGGUAGGGGAAUUAAAAUUUUGUUUUUAUGUUAAAGUAGGUAGUGUUGCUAUCAGCAAUUUUGCAUAUCAUGUGUGAGUGGGGUAGAUAAUUAGAUAGUAG